AAAACUUUGAACAGUGUAUUUUCCUUUUUAGACUGUGCUGGAAACUUCGCGUAUAGCAGCAGCUGUUUAGCUCUAGACAGUCUGGAUGGCUGCAUCCCAGAUUAUGGAGAUGACUUCCAGUGAAGAUGAAGACCAAGACCUGAUUGAGCUCGAGGCUAUUAGGAGACCAUACAGAGUAGUGAAAUUUGAUCUGACACAUGCAAAUCAAGAAGCUCAGCAUUACCAUGAGCCCAAACACACAGAUGCCCUGCACAGGAACAGCUGGUCCUCUUCAACCCAAAGGGUCCUGUCCUCCAUGCCUAGCCGAUCUAUCAGAUUUAAUCAGUCGACUGCGCUCUCCCGAUCCACCGAGACGCGAAGAAGACGACCUCUUAGCAUUGUGUCCACCGCUUACUGCGCUACAGACCAGGACGUCUUCAGAGGGCAGGACGACUGCGAGGAUGAUGUGACCCAAAAUGAAGACCUGCUAAACAAACUACAAGGCUUGUCUGCUGGUGAAUGUGUGCGGGUGUUGCGUGAAAUGCCCCUUAGUGUCUCGGAGAAGCGCCAGAUCAGAGCUUGGGUUGUCUGUUGGGAUGCUGGACAACCUCUCUCUGCUAACAGAGCCCUGUGCUGCCAUCAGUUUAAAGCUUGGUUCUUGAAGGUUUUGUGUGGUGGCUGCUACGGUAGAGUCUCCCAGCAGAAAUCCAUACAGCUCUGGCAGGGAGUGCUUAAAAACAUCAGCGCUCACUUCGGCACUGGGAUUCUGUCCUAUUUCAUCUUCCUCAGAAGACUGUUACAUUACAACAUCCUCCUCUUCCUCAUCACCGGCCUUUUCCUGGUCCUACCACAAAUCUCAAAUCCUCCAUCAUCAAAAAACAAACCCGCAGCCACAGCUGACCUCUGGAUGCUUACUGGCAUGGGCAUUCUCACAGACUCUGUGAUGUUUUAUGGCCACUAUGCCAACUCCACCAAUGAAAACUGCAAAGCAGAAAUAAAACUGUGUCCAGAAAAUUACAACAUGCCACUGGCGUAUAUUUUUACUAUUGGAGCAGGCAUGUUUAUCACAUGCGUACUGCUUGUUUACAGUAUAUCUAAAUCAUUCGGAAAGAGUUUCCGCAUAUUCAAGACUACCAGUAACCUAGCUUUAAAGGUUUUCUGCUCUUGGGAUUUUAAAGUCAGCAAGAAACGGUCUGUUAAGCUGCAGUCGGUGAACAUCUGCAUUCAGCUGAAGGAGAUGCUGUCUGAGCUCAGCUGCAAAAAACAGAAGAGGAACUUGUAUUCAACUUUUGGCUGGUUGAGUCUACACUUUCUUGUAUGGUCCAUUUGCCUGCUUUGCAUAGCUGCCUGCAUGCUGGCUGUUUACUACUUACAGCCUUACAUUGACCAGGACAGUUCCACGGCGAACUCUGUUCAGAAAGCUGUUGAUUUGCUGAAACUGCCUUUGGUCGUGUCUUGCAUCAGUCAUCUACUGCCUGGUUUCUUCGACAUGUUAUCCAGGGUAGAGCAUUACGACUCCCCGAGCACUCCGAUUUAUGUGUCCAUUGUAAGGAACCUGUUGUUGAAGGGUUGCAUUUUUAGUGUAUUGUGUUACUACUGGCUCAAGAAAAUUUCUGGCGGGAAGAAUGGACAAAAUACACAGCAGUGCUGGGAGACAUUGGUUGGUCAAGAGCUUUACCGUUUGGUUUUAAUGGAUCUGCUAUUUGCGAUGUCGUACAUCGUCUUGGCAGAGUUUCUGUGGGGGCUGUGUAUUAGAAACGUCACAUUAAGAAGAAGGAAACUAGAGUUUGACAUCGCACGAGAUGUUCUGGAGCUCAUCUACGGUCAAACACUUGUGUGGUUUGGUGUUCUGUUUUCACCACUGUUGCCUGCAGUUCAAAUUGGGAAACUGUUUCUACUGUUCUACUUCAAAAAGACGAGUUUGAUGAUGAACUUUCAACCACCCAGGAAACACUGGAGGGCCACUCAGAUGAGCACAUUCUUCAUUAAACUCCUGUUUUUCCCCUCCUUCACUGGGGCCCUUGCAUGUGUCAUUUAUACAAUGUGGAGGGUCGAGCCCUCAUCAGAUUGUGGGCCCUUCAGUAACCUCCGCAGCAUGCUUCUCUUAGGCAAGAAGUGGAUCAGUGGCCUGGGCAAGUCGAAUCCCAGUAUGUUGUGGCUCAGCUGGGCUUAUAAUAACUUGGUGGACAACCCUUUGUUCCUCUUCAUCACUGCAGGCCUGUUCCUGUGA